GCAUGUGGAAAAACAACUGAAGAAGUUUGAUAAGGCGUUAAACGCCACCACAUCACCACCUACCAUCCUCUCCCAUUGGGCAAUGAACAGCCUGGAGCAGCACAUCCCAGCAGAUGAAACAGACACCUUCCUGUCCUCCGCAUCGUUCAUCACUCUGUGCCGUUACGCAAUCAGCGGAAUCACAUCACCGCCCUGAGAUCAGCAGUUCACACCUCAUCCCCUGGGUACGUCAUCGCCCGAGACAUCAUCACCCAGCCGAUGCCGCCCGCCAGAGCGCGUGGCCGGCGCCUGGCGUCAUCCACCGCCGCCGGAGUGCCUACCACACACCCCGCGCGGCGAGUGUAAACAGUGGUCCGUGUGACGGCGGCGGGGAAGGCGGCGCGGCGACACCAACGACGGCAGUCGCCCGCCGAGACAGACCGGGCGAAUGGUGCCGAAACGAGCGCGGAAUGGCAGAAACGUGAGCCGUCAGUUGGUCCCGAGGAUUGUGAGUUCGACCCGAGCGUCGUGAGUCGGGACGGAGCAGCGCGACCUGUGAGUGAGCGGUACACAAGUGAGCCGGAGCCCACACGUGCGCGUGUGCCUGUGAAAGUGAUCGACUCAGACCGGCGCGUCGGGCCGCCUGUCUCCUGAGGGGCGAGCGAGCUGCGGUGACGCUAUGACUGUCGGAGGACGGGGCCGUGGAGCGGUCGGCGGGAUCCUGCUGACCGUUAUCCUCCUAAAGACGCUGCUGACCGGCUCUGUUGGCGCCAGUCCGGUGGACGUGGAGCCAGCGGCACUCAGCAGCGAUCAGGUUCUGCGCCGGCUGGCCGCCUGGCUGGACUCGGAGGAUGCGGUACGGCGUCAGCAGCGUCAGGACCUGGACUCGGUCCGCCAGCAGCUGGACAAGGUGGCGCUGGAGCUGGAGCGCAUCGAGACCAAGAUGGACCUCAAGAUGGACCGUCUUCAGGAGGUGUUGAUCGGCAGAGACAUCAAGGAGGACGCCACCAGCCGCCGCCAGGGGGCUCAGCUGGAGCGGACCGCCCUGCUCCUCACAGAGGUCAACGGCCAGCUCCUACAGCUCGACUCCAGUCUCCAGGGAAAUUUAGAUGAAAUAAAUCAGAAGAUCACAACUCUGGAGAGCCAGCUCCAAGUCCUCCGGAACGCCGUCCCCUCUGAUCCAGCGACAACUGAGCAGAUAACAAGGCAGCAGCCUGCUGUCACCGAUGACGUCACCAGCAGCCAGGGAGCCAGUGACGUCACGGCCGCUCUGCGCCGGCUGGCGGACGGCAUGGAGCGGCUCCAGUGUGGGGACAGUGGCGGGAGCGCGGCCGACCGGACAGAGGGACGCGGGACCGCCCCGCCGGAGGACGAGGACGGUGGAGACGCUGCCGGAGACACGGACCAACAGCCGCCGGAGAGCGAGAGCGGGGCCGUCACCGCUGGCCGCUCAAAGACGAAGGGGCUCCUGCCGGCGCUGCGGCUGCUCAGAGCGGUGGAGAGGCAGAUUUUUCAAGUCAGCCUGCAGCUCGAGGAGGGCCUGGAGUGGCUGGACGGGCGCGUCGGAUACAAGUUCAGAGGACUAAAGGAGAACCUGGCCACCAUGGCCUCGUCGCUGCGCACGCGCUUCUUCGAGCGGCGCGACCACCUGGAGGAGGUGGCCGAGAAGAUUCUGCGCCUGCAGACAGCCGCCACUGACGGACAGCGGGCUGACGCCGGCGGCGACCGACAGGUGGCAACGCACGACAGCGUCAUCACCGCACUGGAGGCCAUACUAUAUGACGUCUUCGAUUCGGAUAUGUGGUACGUGCUGUCCACCAAACUGGAGGAGGCCGUCAGCGGACAGGGCAACGUGACGGCCAAACUCGGGCAGAUGGAGAGCGACAUCGACCAGGGCUUCAGCAAACUGAACGCCAAGCUGACGGCGCUGUACAGUCUGCUGAAGGCGCCCCCGGACACGGCCGACGCCUCCCGGGACCACAUUGACGCCGAACUGGCCGCCCAGAUGGGACACAUGUUCAGCAACAUCAGCAGUCAGCUGCGCGACAUCGAGCUGAAGCUGGCCGGCGGGCAGACCACCUGACAGCCGACACCGUUGCAUCGCGCUCACACCGACGCCAGCUCAGCAGCGGACCGCGAGCCCACGCCUUGUACAGUGUACACACCUCUCAGUCAUAAUUUACGGAAUGUAAAAUAAACCAGCGCAGAAUAUGAUGGUGGUUCACUCAGUCUUCUUCGCCCGGUAAGGUAGCCCGUUCAUAGAAACGGCUAAUCGCACGGACGGCUAUUCAAGCUCGUGGGAAAAUAGACACGUCAUCCUUUCCCCGAGGGGCACUGUGUAACAGAACACUGAACUACGGACACUACACUCGGCACUGACAUGCCGGGACGAGGAGUUCCGAUGACCGGGAUGAAGCACAGCGCUAUCAGUGUUCAGGGUGACAGUGAACGCAGCACCGUCGGCUCGGCACCGGGCGCUGCCGCCGAACGGUGACACGCCAGGACGUGUGGCCGUGUGCGAGCCACCUCCUACCAGCGCCGUCCGAUACACGGUCUACAAACUCCGUACGAAGAAGCCAGGUGGCUUCUGAGCGUCAUUAUCGUGUCAUCAGUUAGGGUCCUUCUCUACACUAAACGUGUUUCUGUUAAACGUCAAUCAAACUUUUAAUGAUUAUGAGGUUUGUGUUUACGAGCACGUUUACGUCGAGAGUGGACGAUUACGUGCGAGGUGUGUUUUUAUACGUUUUAACUGUAAUAAAGAUGGAUUGUUACAAAGUUAUGAAA